ACUUCACUGUCCCUGCCAGACCCUAUCGUCACCCUAGUCAUUGUCCUGCGGAAGACUCCGGGGCAUUCACUUGUCCAAACCAUGAAAAAGCCUUCUCUUCAUCGUUGAUCUGAAUCAUACAACUGACAUCACCUCUUUACAAAGAUUUUCACCGCCUUCCUUCUUCACACUUGUUUACCGCACACAGAGCACGUGUCCUGCAGUUACUGUGGUCCCAACGAAGAGGCCAGGGUCUCACUGUUAAGAAAUCAGAAUCAGUGACCUACAGUCGGAGUUUUUCGCCACAAUGGCUCGCCGCAGUCGUCCUUCGAAGCGAGUACUUGUUCGUUGGUCUGAUGAUCUUGACAAGGGUGUUUUGCUUGCUGUCCAGUAUGCUUGCGCCGAAGCAGGCAUCAAGAUCCCAUGGGCCAGAGUUGCUCAGGUCAUGGGCCCUCGAUUCACCGAAGGUGCCAUCACCCAACACCUUGCUAAACUGCGCAACCUCAUGUCAACAACCGGCAUUCCCGUUCCUCCCCCAUUGAAGCGAGGCAUGCUCACCAAGACACCUUCCAAAAUCUAUUCGAAUGCGAACAACAAGCACAACUUCAGCCCUAUCGAGCCACUGUACCCUGGUACACCUGAGAUUCCAGAUGAUUAUCGCUCGCUCUAUGACAAGAAGACCCCGAACAAACAGGAAGAAGGAGCAACUGUUUCUCCAGGAACUGGUUCGCCAAAGCCUAGAGGAAAGCCUAGGGCCCGUGCGAAACCUCGUCGGACCAUGACCGACGAUGAAGAGGAGCAAUUGCCCGAGGACUUGUACGACUCUGACGAGGGCACUCCCAAGAAGCGUCGUCGCACAACCAAGAAGAAGGCGGCUACGGCUGUCGAUCUCAAUCCACCUGUUGUCGAUCUUAACCCACCUUUGACCCCGCCAGGUCAAGCCAUCAAGGUUGAACCCGCUGAGGAUGGCGACAAUAUGAUUUAUGAUUCCACCGGCCCGGCUAGCCGAACUCGUGGCAUCAAGCGGGAUUAUACCAUCAUGGAAACCAUGCCGUCUGAUGACGAGGGAGAAGCAGACGGUGCUCAAGAUGCAGCUGCUGAUGACGACGACGAUUUUGAUGGUGCGAAUGAUCUAGCGACACACGAUGAGCUUCUCGCGCCCUUCGAUGCAGCGGACAGUGAAGAUGCCAGCGCCACGGUUGAAGGUGUCUCUGCCAUGGAACUCGGCGAAUACGGCGCUGCUGAAGCUGUUGCUGGCGGAGGAGUUGAUAACCUCCAGGUGCCUUCAACUUGGGACAACAAUGCCGAUAUGUUCGGCAACCAGUUGAACCAGUACGCCGCCAUGAACAAUGGCAUGCUCUCCAGCAACGACAAUAUGUUCCAUGGCCAGUAUGGAUUUCCAACAAACAACAUGAUGGGAAGUGGUAAUGCCUACACUGCUCAGCAAUUUGGCUACGGCAUAGCGCCAGCUUAUACCAAUACCAUCCACCCAGGAAGCUUGCAUUCGUAUGGAGUACCAAGCCGCCACAACUCUGUCGCUACUACCAUGUAUUCUUCUGUCGGCACUUCUGACAUGAGUCGCACCAAUUCGCUUGCCACUGGCAUGUAUCCUUCGGCGGGCAGCUCCGAUAUGAGUCGAAACAACUCUGUCGCCACAGGUAUGACAGGGUCGUCGUUCACCACCAUGUCGGACCAGCAAUUUGGCAAUGGCAUGGGUUACCUCGUCGCGGAGCCAGAAGGCCAGCCUGAAAGUCAGCAAGAGGCGAUCAAGAACGAGUUCAAUAUGAAUACUGGUAUGCCUGCCGAAGACAUUAAGGACGAAUUCGGCAUGAAUACUGACAUGCCAUCCGACGACAUCGUCUGGGGAGAUGAGUUCGUGAAUGACAUUGAGGAAGAUGGUUGAUCCAUCUACUCGUCCUUGAUCAUUCGCAUUCUUAGGGAUGAAAGGCGGUCACUUCUCGAGGGGUUGAAGCAUGCGUGGUGUAGUCCGGGCAGAGUUUCAUACGUGAAGGGAGG